UUCAGUGUACGUAGAACCCGGACGUUUUACGCGGGAAAAGGGGGAGCUGAGGUAGAGAAGAUGGGAGACACACUGGAAUUCAAUGAAAUUUACCAGGAAGUGAAAGGAUGCUGGAAUGAUGGCCGUUUGAGGUUCAGCAGGCAGUCUGUGGUCUACAAAAGCAGUAAGACGGGCAAGGUGGACAGCAUCUCUGCGCCCGAACUUUCGCUUGCCCAGUGGCGCCGUGUAUGCUUUGGCCACGGGAUCAAGCUAGCCACCAGCAGCGGGCACGUCUACAAAUAUGACGGCUUCAAAGACUCGGACUUUGAGAAAAUAUCUGCAUUUUUCAAAGCAAACUACAAAGUUGAACUCACGGAAAAAGACAUGUGUGUGAAAGGUUGGAACUGGGGUACAGCUAAAUUCUCAGGGCCAUUGUUGUCAUUCGACAUCAACGAUAGCCCUGCUUUCGAGAUCCCCCUGGCUAAUGUGUCCCAGUGCACCACGGGUAAGAAUGAGGUCACGGUGGAGUUCCACCAGAAUGACGACGCAGAGGUCUCUCUCAUGGAGAUGCGCUUCUACGUGCCCCCUACCACCGGCGACGAUGGCACAGAUCCCGUAGAGGUGUUUUCCCAGAAUGUUCUGUCACGGGCUGAUGUUAUCCAGGCUACUGGAGACGCUGUGUGCAUCUUCAAGGAGCUGCAGUGCCUUACACCUAGAGGAAGGUAUGAUAUUCGUAUCUACCCCACAUUCUUACACCUGCAUGGUAAGACGUUUGACUACAAGAUCCCGUACACCACCGUCCUGCGCCUCUUUCUGCUGCCACACAAAGAUCAGAGACAGAUGUUCUUUGUGAUCAGUCUGGAUCCACCCAUUAAACAGGGACAGACCCGCUAUCAUUUCCUCAUCCUCCUCUUCUCUAAAGAUGAAGAUGUCAGCCUUACCCUCAACAUGAGCGAGGAGGAGGUGGAGAGGCGUUUUGAUGGAAAGCUGAAUAAGAACAUGUCUGGCUCUCUCUAUGAGAUGGUCAGCAGGGUUAUGAAAGCUCUGGUCAACAGGAAGAUCACAGUGCCUGGAAACUUCCAGGGUCAUUCAGGAGCUCAGUGCAUCACAUGUUCGUAUAAGGCCAGCUCAGGGCUGCUCUAUCCUCUGGAGAGGGGAUUCAUCUACGUGCACAAGCCCCCCGUUCACCUGCGCUUCGAGGAGAUCUCCUGCGUGAACUUCGCCCGAGGCACCACCACCACCCGCUCUUUCGACUUUGAGAUUGAGACCAAGCAGGGCAACCAGUACACGUUCAGCAGCAUUGAGAGGGAAGAAUAUGGCAAGCUGUUUGAUUUUGUCAAUGCCAAGAAACUGAGCAUAAAAAACAGAGGGUUAAAGGAGGAAAUUAAAGCCAAAGAUGGGUACAGUGAUUCAGAUGAGGAUGAGCAUGAUGCUUAUCUGGAGAGGAUGAAGGAGGAAGGAAAGAUCAGAGAGGAAGGAGACUCGGAGGGUGAUAGUGAUGAGUCCUUCAAUCCAGGAGAAGAGGAGGAUGAUAUUGCAGAAGAAUAUGACAGUAAUGCCUCCGAGAGCGACAGUGAGGCUGAGGAUGGCGAAAGCGAGGAUGAGGGAAAGAAGAAGAAAGUCGAGAAGAAGCCCAAGAAAGCAGUGAAAGAGAAAAAAGAGCGGAAACCUCGCAAAGAGAAGAAAGCCAAAGACGCCGGAGCACCCAAACGCCCGAUGAGCGCCUACAUGCUGUGGCUGAACUCGAGCAGGGAGCGCAUCAAGGCCGAGAACCCCGGCAUCUCCGUCACGGAGAUCUCCAAGAAGGCAGGAGAGAUGUGGAAACAGCUGGACCGAGGACGCCGCGAGGAGUGGGAGAAGAAGGCUGAAGAGGCAAAGAGGCAGUAUGACAAAGCAGUGAAGGAGUACAAGGAGAGCGGCAGAGGAGCGGCCGCGUCCGCUGGGAAGGAGAAAAAAAAGAAAGGAGGGAAAGCAGAGGAGAAAAGGAAGAGUGCGGCAGAGAAGGAGAGAGAGAAAGGAGGAAAUGAGAGCUUUAAGAGCAAAGAGUUCAUCUCCAGCGAAGAGAGCUCAUCGGAGUCAGAGCACGGCAAAGGGAAAAAGCGCAAGGCUCACGAAAAUGAUGAUGAUGAUGAUGAAGAAAUUGCUUCCACGCCACCAAGUUCAGAAGAGGAGUCGGGGUCUGAUUAAGGUUAUUCAGCUGUAACGACGCACACUUACACCUCCUCUCAGGCUUCACACUCUUACAGUACGAACACACAUGCACACAGUUCUCUGGACCAAGGUUUUGUGCCACACCUCAUGAUGUGCAUUUUUGGCACAAGUUUACAUUCACUGUUUUUCCAUUUUAUGGACCGAGACCAUGGAAAGGCAGGUAGCUAAAACCUUUUUUUGUUUUUGUUUUUUGUUAAAUAAAUGCAAUUGUGUACGAAGGCCAUCUGAAGCUCUUUGAUGAAUUCAUUUUUGGUUUUGUAGGUAGCUUUGAAAACAAAUUCAGGGAACUGUAGAUCCAUCAGCUUGUUUGUUUGUUUGUGUGUGUGUGUGUGUGUGUGUGUGUGUGUGUGUGUGUGUGUGUGUGUGUGUGUGUGUGUGUGUGUGUGUGUGUGUGUGUGUGUGUGUGUGUGUGUGUGUGUGUGUGUUUUUUUUAAUGACUAUGCUAUACUUAAGGCAACAUCACUUUGUUUAAAUGAAAUGGAUUUUCUGCUUUUCAGCGGUCAUUGUAUCUCCAAAUAAAUAAAUGUUUUGUUAUUAAGUUUGAAGUCUAUCUGCCUGGGUUGGAUCUUCCCAUCAGGUCGAACCAGAGACAGUUUUGUCUCAGUGGUGAGGGAGGGUUAUCAGUAUUUUGUAGUAGCAUAUGGCUCCAAGUGAUUUCCUAAUUUACUAGUUCUUUAUUUUAAAAGGCUAACUGCUUUGUUUGCUUUCAUAUGCUUUUAAUUAGCCAAAUUUAAGGACUUUGCAGUAUUGUACUCCUUACAUUAAAGGUUUCAUCCAUGAGUGUUGAUUCUA